AUGGCACCAAGAACCACUAGAAAGAAAAGUGAUUCCAAAAUCACAAAACCGGAAACCACUAGAAAGAAAAGUGAUUCCAAAAUCACAAAACCGGAAACCACAACAAAGAAACCUAAACAGCUACUGGACUCCAUCAAUAAAGACAAGACCAAUAACGAUGAAGUAAUAAAACCUGUUCCUCUGAAACCUCCCAAGCUUCCUGUAAAUGAAGAUGGUCACAGAUACUGGUUGAUUAAAUCGGAGCCGGUCAAUCGAAUACAAAAAGGACAGGAUAUAUCUUUUUCGCUUGAAAGUUUGAUGAAAGUCGAAUCAGAACCAUGGAACGGUGUCAGGAAUUAUGAGGCAAGAAAUAAUUUGCUAGCAAUGGUAGAAGGGGAUCUCUGCUUGUUUUAUCACUCCAACUGUAAAGUUCCGGGGAUCGUUGGGGUUGCCAAAGUUUACAAUCAAGCGGUCCCUGAUGAAGGGCAGUUUAUCCCUGAGGAUCCAUACUAUGAUCCGAAAUCAACAAAGGAGAAGCCUAAAUGGUGGUGCCCUCGCGUUUCGUUUCACAGAAGGUUCAGAAGAAAAGUAAGUCUUCAAGAAUUAAGGCUGGCUAGUACCGAGUCAGAACCAUUGAGGGACUUCAUGUUGGUGACCAGGGGAAGACUAAGUGUUAUACCUGUCGGAAAGCACGAAUUUGAGGAGAUAAUCAAGCUAGAACAAAAUGGGAGUAUUAGUGAUGAUAUAGAUUGUGAUAUUUCUAGGGAUUUUAUAACCGCAAAGUAA